AACAUUACAGUAAAAUCUGCCAUAUUUGUUUGGUCGGCAAUUUUGAGGUUACCUAUUUCGUGAAAAAAAAAUCGACGCCUAUCUUGUUUUUAAGUAAAUUAGUAAAAAAACCAAUCAAACAAAGAUGAAACUCGUUAGGUUUUUGAUGAAACUCAGCCACGAGACCGUUACAAUCGAGUUGAAAAAUGGCAGCGUUGUUCACGGGACGAUAACCGGCGUCGAUGUCGCGAUGAAUACUCAUUUGAAGGCGGUAAAAGUUACUCUGAAAAACAAAGAGGAGCUGCAACUGGAGACUUUGAGCAUACGCGGGAAUAACAUAAGGUAUUUCCUGCUCCCGGAUAGUUUACCUUUGGAAACUCUGCUCAUAGAUGAUGCUCCAAAGGGGAAAGGCAAACGCGAGGGUGGAUUCUCUCGAGGUGGUGGGUCCCGAGGCGGAAGAGGCAGAGGACGAGGCGGGCGUGGAGGCCCGCGCGGAGGUCGUGGAGGACGAGGCCGUGGUCGCCGAUAAUUCCAAAAAUCUGGUGUUUAGUUCAUAAGUUUCUAUUGUGAUUAUACUUGUAAUAAUUACCUAACGAUUGAAGGUUCAAAUCGUCUAUGUGCAGUGAGUGAUUGAUACCUUAAAAUAAGUCUUUCUCAUUGUAAGGUAAACCUAAGAUUUGUAUUACACUUCU